CAGAGCGAGUAGGGCAAAGAUCUGGGAGCUGGAUGAAGUGGGUAACUGAGGCCAACCCAGGGGAGCGGCGUGUGAGAGGAGGGUCUGUGGAACUGCAGGAGACAUGGGAACAGGCCGGAGCUUGGGGCACGGCAGCAUCCCGAGUGUGUAUCAGGUCUCUGGCAGAGAGGGAGAGCGGCCCCAGUUCUCAGCCAUGCUCACCCCAUGCCAGGUGCCCUGAGAAGCUGCUCCCCACUGCAGCCGCCUCCUCGACCAGUGUGGAGCUGGCACAAGGACCCUGCUCCCAGUGUGUGUGCGGGAGAGAUCGGGGGUGUACCUGGAACACACUGCGCUGUGGCUAUUCCCUGUCUUCCAGGGCCAACCGCGGGCAGAGCAUGGCUUCCUCCAUGGCCCAAGUGGUAAACAGCACAAAGGGGAUUUAAAGCACCAGCUUCCUCCCCAUUCCUAGAGCAGGACUAACCGAGACCUGGGCCCUGGGGUUAGGAGCCAGAACCCUGCAGGCGGGUCCUGGGCUGGGUGGGGACCCCCCGGGGCCAUGUCGACACUGCGAAAGAAAGCCUUGGUGCAGCGCGGCUCAGGGAGUGGGGCUCAGACCCCACGCCCCAGUUCCAGCGGCAGUGGCUACGCGGCCCGAGCGCUGAGACUGGCUGCCCGGCGUGUUUUGGGGGUGGUUUUGCAGUGUUAGACAUACCGCAAGAGGCUGAGGGGGGAGACACUCAACUUUCCCCUGGAGAAGGCCUGGCGGUGGGGUCCGGGUCGUAGCGACGCCAGCAAUUAAUAUCUAACGCCGAUUAAUGAGCUACCCGGGUGCAUCAGAAAGGCUUGCACAACCGCCCCCGGGCUGGAGCACACCGGCCUUAUAACCCGGCCGCCCUGCUGCCCGGCCCGGGGACGCCCGCUGCCCACCGGAUCAUCUCCAAUGGAGCUGGUGUCGGCCUCCCUUCUCCUCCUCUGUCUCUGCUGCAUUCUCCUGGCCUCGGCGUGGAAGAGCCGGGACCAGCGAGGGCAGCUGCCGCCGGGCCCUGCCCCCCUGCCCCUGCUGGGGAACUUCCUGCAGCUGGACAGGACCAAUGUUAUCCACUCCCUGGAGAAGCUGCGGGAGAAGUACGGCCCGGUGUUCACGGUGCACCUCGGCUCCCGGCGGGUGGUGGUGCUGUGUGGCUACCAGGCGGUGAAAGAGGCCCUGGUGGACCAGGCCGAGGAGUUCAGCGGGCGCGGGCAGAUCCCGGCGUUCUCUAAGGAUUUCAAUGAGCACGGGGUGGUUUUUGCCAACGGGGAGCGGUGGCGGCAGCUGCGCCGGUUCUCCCUCACCACGCUGAGGAACUUCGGCAUGGGGAAGCGAUCCAUCGAGGAGCGGAUCCAGGAGGAGGCGCAGUGUCUGGUGGAGGAGCUCUGGAAAACCCAAGGGGCACCCUUUGACCCCAUCUUUAACCUGAGCCAGGCCAUCUCCAACAUCAUCUGCUCCAUUGUCUUCGGGAACCGCUUUGACUACGAGGACGAGAAAUUCAUCACCCUGAACAAGCUCAUAUUCACGCGGUUCCGUUUCGCAGGUUUAUCCUUGGCCCAGCUGUACAAUGCCUUCCCUGGCAUCCUGGAGAAGAUUCCUGGGCCUCACCACGUGGGAAGCAAAUGCUCCCAGGAGAUAAUCAGCUUUAUUUCAGAGAGAAUCAAACUGCAGCAGGCGACCCUGGACCUCAACGCCCCCCAGAACUUCAUCGACUGCUUCUUGGCUAAAAUGGAGCAGGAGAAGCAGAAUCCAUCUACCGAGUUUUCCAUGGAGAACCUAGUCAUGUCCACCUUCAAUUUAUUCUUCGCCGGGACCGAGACUGUCAGCACCACCCUGCGCUACGGCUUCCUGAUCCUGCUGAAACACCCGCAGGUCCAAGAGAAAAUCCAUCAGGAAAUUGACGCUGUGAUUGGGCGGGAGCGAGCGCCCACCGUGGAGGACCGGGGCAGGAUGCCAUACACGGAUGCCACGCUGCAUGAGAUCCAGCGCUUCAGCGACAUCCUGCCAAUGAGUCUCCCGCACACCGUGACCAGAGACACCCGCUUCCGGGGGUACCUCAUCCCCGAGGGGACGUACGUCUACCCCCUGCUGAGCACGGUGCAUUUUGACCUAGAAGAACAUAAAACCCCCGAAGCUUUCGCCCCCGAGAGGUUUCUAAGUGAGAACGGCUGCUUCAAGAAACAGAACGCCUUCCUGCCCUUCUCCGCAGGGAAGCGGGCGUGCCUGGGCGAGGGCCUGGCCCGCAUGGAGCUCUUCCUCUUCUUCACCACGGUCCUGCAGCGCUUCGCCCUCCGCUCGCCCGUCGCCCCCGAGCAGCUCAGCCUAGCCCCCGACGUCAGCAAUUUCGGGAAGGUGCCGCAGCGCUACCAGCUCUGCCUCCGUCAGCGCUGACGGUGGAAGGGUUGCCAACUCGCCGAUUGCAAAACACCAAACACUCCUGCCCCGCCCCUUCUCUCAGGCCCCGCCCCCUGUUGACUCCCUCCCCCCUCAUGCCGUUGCUCGCUCUCCCCCACCCGCUCACUCGCUCCUUUUCACUGGGCUGGGGGGAAUUGGGUUGCAGAA